AGAAUACAAAGUUCUGUCGCAGAAUGUGGCGGCGCUCGUCCAGCUUAGGUGCCGCCGCGCACAAGACGCUUGGCCACAGCAGCUCUCGCCUCGUCAAGACCGUACUAUUGCCAUCACAUCCACGCUUUCCGUUUGCCACGCGCUGGUUGAGCUCGUCCUCUGUUACAUCGCUUCAAAAGUGUGCUGAAACAGGCAACUGGAAGACAGCGUUGACCAUACUCGCCGAGUUGGACCAGCGAGGCGAAACGGAUGCGGAAGCGUACGAGCUCGCCAUUGAAGCGCUAGGUCGCGACCACAAGUUUGAAGCGAUGGAAAUGCUCAUGGCUACCAUGAAAAACGACGGCGUGGUCGCCACAUCGGCCACUAUCGACAUGCUUGUGCAGGCACACAUGGCCCAUGGCAACAGCAGCAAAAUCAUUGACAUCGUCAUCGAUCGGUUGACAGAUAACGCCCCAGUGAGUCUGCCGGCAUUCCACGCCGCCAUUGCCGAGUGCACGACGCUGGGAAAUGUUCAACACCCCGAGACGAUCCUCAAGCUUCUUCGUGAUACACCCAACUGUGCGACGGCGCUGAGUGCCGACGAGUACGCGGCGCUCAUUCGGUGUUUUGGCGUAUGCAAGCGAUCUGACCUGUCCAUGCACGCCUUGCACCUCAUGCAGGAGAAUGGCAUCGAAGGCACCGUCGACGUGUACACCCAGCUCAUUCGCGCCCAUAUUUCACUCGGAGCGGUGAAUCAGGCGCUGCAUGUGUUUUCGCUGUGCGACCAGCGAGGCAUCGUCCUCGGCGAAAGCAUCCACGCCGCCACGAUCGGCAAAUUGUGUGACAAAAAGGGCUUUUGGCUGGCGACGGAACUGUUUGCAUCGAUGGACGCCAAGGGCGUGCAUGCGAGCCACUACUGCAUGGCCAAGAUGAUCCUGGCAUACAUUCGCACCAACAACCUCCCUGCCGCGCAUGAGAUGUGGGGUCGCAUCCGCGAUCAUGAGCGGCCAGCCACGAUUUCGACCUACAUGGGCAUCAUGCAUGACUGCGUCGUGACUGGCGAAAUGGACAUCUUGCUGGACGUGUUUGCCCAAAUGCGGACACGCCACGAGAAGCUGCCAAACGUGGCGUACAGUUUUGCGAUUCGCGGCAUGGGGCGCAAGGGAGACACGAACGGCGCGCUUGACCUCAUGAAAGAGUUUGUCCACACAUUUGGGCCACCCGUGGACGCGACAACGUACAUUGCCGUGUUCAAUGCGUUGGCGCGGUCUCCAGCAGACAUGGAUGUGAGCACGACCCGCCUCGCGAUCAUGCACUACUGGGACAUGAUGGUUCGGCACGUGCCCGACUUGCACGCACCUGCGUUUGCGAGUGCGGCGGGGGCAUUUGCCAGCAUUGGGGCGAUCGAUUCCCUCGAGCGUCUGCUGGAACACACGCGGGAGAACCUCCCCGACGACAGCAAUGCGCUCAUGUACUCUGGCAUUAUCUCGGGGUUUGCCAAAGCUGCGGUGGAUUAUUCCGAACACAUUCGCGACUUUCUCCAACGCAUGAUCCACGCCGGAACCCCGCCCAACGACGCAUCGAUUCGCGCCGCAUCCGAUGCGUUUGUCAAAUAUGAGCACUGGGACUACAUGGAAGAGCUGCUCGGGAUCAUGAACCCGACGGCGUUCAACCGCCCUCAAGGCGUUGUCGGCGAUUUCCUUUCCAAGCUGCUUGAAGCGAACCACUGGCCACUUGCCCGCAAAACGAUCAAUUCGGCCCUCGCCUGGGACAUCCAGCCCCAUAUCCGCGGCAAGCCGCAGGUGCUCCAAAAGCUGGCAGACAACUCGCACGAAAGCCCCGAGUGGAAGAUUGCGUACAGUUUGGCCAUGGAAACUGUCUCGUUCACCAACAUCAACGACGAGCACGUGUUUGCAGUGUGCAACGCCAUGAAGGUGUUGUACCGCGCCGAGCGCCACGCAUUGGUGGCGCGGCUCUGGUAUGCCCUUCGGGCCAAGACCCAAGGCCCGUUUCCAAUCGACGCGUACAAGUGCAUCGUGUUGUCGAGCUUGGCGUCGGGCUUUGGCAAAGCAGCGACGGUCGCGGCGUCCGAGAUGGUGGAGAUGCUCCACAAGUACCACCAGGAUAUCGUCGACACGUCGGACGUGUCGGAUGUGGUGUCUGUGAUUUUGUCGGCAUUCUCGCAGCACAACGACGUUGGCAUGGUCGUGACGUUGUUUGAAACGAUGGAAAUGUACAGCUUUACGCCAAAUGGGUUUGCCUACCUCGGCGCCCUCCGCGCGUACGCCCAGCUGGGCCGAGAAGACCAAGUGCGUCGGCUCCUGGCUUCGUUUGAGGACUACAUGAGCACAACGCACAUGAAUCCCGACGAAAUGAGCAGCACCCUGAGCAGCCUCAUCUCGAUGUAUGCAACGAAGCGCAACGACACGAUGGUGUUGACGGUGUAUGAACUCAUGGAUACGUUUCAACUUGCACCCAACUCGUAUGCGGUCAAUGCCGCCAUUCGUGCGUACUCGCGUGCGCAUCGGCAAGACAAGGUCCAACAGAUCGCGUCGACGCUCCUCGCCGCCGGCAGCGACGUCCACGAAAGUGUCGUGAUGUCGAUCUUGAGCACGUACUUGCUGACCCACGACACGCCCGCGAUCGAGCGCACCAUGACGCAGUUUAGCUGCUCGCCGGACAAUAUUUUGCAGUCGUACUUUUCCCUGAACAAGGUGGUCCCUGUUGCAACCUUGAUGAAGAGCCAAGGUAACAAGAGUGUCUGGUCCAUGGCGUCUGUCGCUCGACCAUGGGCUCAUUUUGGUUGUAGGCAACUACCUCGAACGCCGUGUAUGUCAGUUGUCACCGUCGAUGCAGACGAACGGCCUCAAGUGGCUCAUGUCGCGCGGAGCAACUACCCUGGCCGCCGACGUUGUGAUGUACAUGCUCCAGAACGACUACCAAAUUCACCCGACGGUGUUUGAGCAGCUGCUGGACAGCUUGAGCCUCGGUUGUGAGUUCGAGGCGGGGUCGAAGCUCCUCGAAGCAUUCAACUCGAAGCGAUCAUUCCUGAACAAAUCGACCGGCGUCGUCGACUCUAUCAUUACCAUGAUGGGCAACACCAAACAGUACGAUGGCAUUCUCGACAUGCUCAUGGAAAGCACGCAGCCCUUUGACGUCCAGCAAUACGGCCUCGGCAUGUUUUUGUGCAUGGACGGCGGCGCCUACGUCCACGUCCUCAAGAUCUUUGAGAAAAUGCGCCAGCGCUUCAUCGAACCAAACGGCCAAGUGUUUUGCCUCGCCAUGGACGCGUGCCAGGCUCUCCAGGACAGUCGCGUGGGCUCGCUCAUCGUUCAAGACAUUGCCCGACACAAGUUUGAAAAGAAGGUUGUGAAGGAGCUGCGUGCCCGCCUCGAGUUUGCCAUACAGCCCGAGGCCCUUGCGAUGGACCCGGCCCUCGUCGAACGGGUUGCAAAGCUCACUUUGUUCCUUGAGAGCUGUGGCUUCGAGAUGCCGCAUUCGCUUGGCAGCAAGUUUAUGGCCAAGCCCACAUGCGACCACCUGACGCUUCAAACACGCACGCGCCUCCAUGCGAGCAUGAGGGCGUCGGCGCGAAACCGCGAAUGGGGCCACACACGGCCGUGGUGGAAAGCGGACGGCCCGCCGUCGCGGCCGGACCCCAAGAAGAAUGGCAGGUCUUAAUUUAAGUGUGUUUCAUUUCCGA